AUGAGGCUCCUGUUUUUGGUCGUGGUGGGGUUUUAUGGUGUCUUUGUGGUCGAGGCUGGUCGCAAAUGGGUCGAUCAAGGGGUCGAGAUCGAAGUAUUGUACGAACCCUCAAACUGUACUUAUCGCUCACAGAUGAAGGAUAUGCUCACUACGGAUUACAUUGGAAAAUUUCCGGAUGGAAAAAAGUUUGACUCUACAUAUGAUCGUAAAGAGGCUAUGACAUAUAUAAUGGGACAAGGGGACGUUAUCAAGGGAUGUGAAAUUGGAACAAUGAAGAUGUGCAAAGGGGAAAAACGUUACCUCGUCAUACCCCCAAAUCUUGCGUAUGGAUCCACCCAAUAUGGCCAAAUCCCACCAAAUUCCACCCUGACUUUUGAGAUUGUGCUCACAGAUUUACAAGAAGAUCCCUUUAGAGCGUUUGAUCCAUAAAUAUUUAUUAUUACAAGAAAUUAGCUCAGCGUUGCAUAGCCCCAACCAGGAUUUAUUACUCAACCAUAUUUGUCA